GUGAUUAACCAUAUUAACGGUAACGAAACAGAAAAAGGAUGAAAAUGUACAGUACGAAGAAGUACCUCUUUUUGUUGUCAUUCCUCUUCAAACCAAACGGAAACUAUUUGUUCUAGCAGCUCGAAUUAAUCCAGAUUUAAAUGUAUGUCUCUUCCAGAUAUCUUUGUGUAAACCAUACGGUGAAAAAUUGAAGGGCAAAGCAGUCUGGCUGAUGGUAGUGGUCCCGUUUGUUUGAGCGGUCGUAUUGCUUUACGGCAAAUUUGAGACUGAGCGAUUGUUUGGCUCGUCAGAAGUGGCCGCGUUGUGGAAACCCAUCCAGAGUAAAAUGCCGCUACCCCAGUUAGCGGAUCCUUGGCAAAAAAUGGAUAUUGAAGAGGUUUCGGUGGGAAUACCAUCCGAUGAUAUGGUUGUUGACGAGGCUGACGCUUCCGGGCAGGAAGAAAUGCAGGAUGAUCGGGACCAAAUCUGUGAAAUUAUAAACAUUACCAAGGAAGGUUGCGAGAAGGGCGAUCCAACACAGUUUGAACUGUUGAAAGUGCUCGGACAAGGCUCAUUCGGCAAAGUAUUUUUGGUGCGGAAAAUUUCAGGAAAAGAUGCAAAUACUUUAUAUGCGAUGAAAGUGUUAAAGAAAGCUACCUUGAAAUAUCGUGAUCGCAUGAGGACCAAAAAGGAACGCGAUAUUCUGGCUGAAGUGAAUAAUCCGUUUAUUGUGAAACUGCAUUACGCCUUCCAAACCGAAGGGAAGUUAUACUUGAUACUGGAUUUUCUGCGCGGUGGAGAUCUCUUCAGUCGCCUGUCAAAAGAAGUUAUGUUUACGGAAGAGGAUGUUAAGUUUUAUCUAGCCGAACUUGCGCUGGCGAUGGAUCAGUUACAUAAGUGGGGUAUAAUUUACCGCGACCUUAAACCCGAAAAUAUUCUGUUGGAUGCCGAUGGUCAUAUUAGCCUGACCGAUUUCGGAUUGAGCAAAGAGGCGGUGGAUGGGGAGAAGACCUAUUCGUUCUGCGGGACUGUGGAGUAUAUGGCACCGGAAGUGGUGAAUCGUAAGGGCCACGGGUGUGCCGCUGAUUGGUGGUCGUUCGGGGUUCUAAUGUAUGAAAUGCUCACUGGUGAACUUCCAUUCCAAGGGGCCAACCGCAAAGAAACCAUGAAUUUGAUACUAAAGGCCAAACUGGGUAUGCCGCCGUUUUUGUCACCCGAUGCUCAGAGUCUACUGCGGGCACUGUUUAAGCGGAUUCCAGGGAAUCGAUUGGGUGCUGGUGAGAGAGGAGUUGAGGAAAUUAAGAGUCAUCCCUUUUUUGCUACGAUUGACUGGCCACGGUUGGCGAAAAAGCAGAUUACCCCGCCGUUUAAGCCGGUCUGCUCUCUUAACGUGGACGAUGCUACCAACUGUUUCGAUAUUGAGUUCACAAUGAAAACUCCUAAAGAUUCUCCUGGGAUACCACCCAGUGCUGCCGCUCAUGAUCUCUUUCGGGGAUUUAGUUUUGUUGCGCCCUGUUUGCUUAGCGAUGUGGCGAAUGGAGACAAACUGCGUCAGAUACCGGCAUUGAAGGGCUUUGCGGUUGGACCGCCCAGUCGAUUUACUGAUGAUUACGAGCUGAAAGAGCAAAUCGGUGAAGGAUCCUUCUCAACAUGCCGAAGGUGCAUCCAUAAGACCACAGGCGUGGAAUAUGCCGUGAAGAUAAUUGACAGGCUGAAACGUGACGCACAGGAGGAAGUAGAAAUUUUGAUGCGAUAUGGUUCACAUCCAAAUAUCGUCAAACUGCAUGAGACCAUUGAGGACAAAAAUUAUGUGUAUCUGAUAAUGGAGCUGUUGCGCGGAGGAGAAUUAUUUGAUCGGAUAUUUGCUAACAAGUACUUCCAGGAAUUCGAGGCCAAAGUUAUUUUGGAAACUGUUGCGAAAACCGUGGCUUAUUUGCAUCAGAAUGGGGUGGUUCAUCGGGAUUUGAAACCGUCGAAUAUUAUGUAUGCGGAUAAAGACAGUAAUGCAUCCAGUCUUCGCAUCUGUGAUUUUGGAUUUGCCAAGCAGUUACGCGCUGAAAACGGUUUGCUCAUGACGCCCUGUUACACACUUCAGUUCGGCGCUCCUGAAGUGCUGAAACGCCAAGGAUACGAUGCAGCCUGUGAUGUGUGGAGUCUGGGAAUACUGCUGUAUACUAUGUUGUCUGGUAAAUCUCCCUAUGUGCACACGCCUUCCGACCAGCCUUCCACAAUCCUGGCUCGAAUCGAUUCUGGCUCAAUUCCGUUUAGUGGUGGUGUCUGGUCACAUAUAUCCGAUUCCGCUAAGGAUUUGGUUAAGCGGAUGCUACAUCCUGACCCGCAAAUGCGUCUCACCGCCAGGCAAAUAUUGGAGCAUCCCUGGAUGCGAAAUGCUCCAAGCAGUAUACAAAGAAGAGCCGACCAGCCAGAUUUGGCACACUUAAAGGCUGUAACUGCCGCAACUUUCAAAGCAAUGGACGAAAAUCUUGUGGCGCCUCUGAUGCCAGUGGAUCAAGGUCUGUUGUUUAAACGGCGAAAUCCUGCCAAAAAGAUAGCUACUGGUUGAAGGAAAAUGUCCAUUAAGGAAUGUGUGACCACAGUCGAACUGAGUGCCCUGUGAACCCUGCGCCAAGGUGAUAAGGAUUCCUUGUAGUUGGAGUCUCUUACAGUUUUAUUGUUGUACAGAAUGGGAAAAAUUAACCGUUGGUCUUAACAGAAAAUUUCGUUGUUAUAUGCACUGCGUAUUCGGUUCUGUGGUAUUCCUCUCCAUUUUUAAGAAUUUUACUUUUCUAAUUUGUUAUUUUAUGGAUACCGUUUUGAUGCGUUGGUAACUAAAGCGUAAUUGUAGUCUAUGAAUGUUCAAUGAAGGAAAUUUUUCGUGUAGAA